AUGGCAGCGCCACCGAGCGCCCCCCGGGCCCUCCCCGUCCUCAUCCUCAUCUUCCUCCUGCCCGGAGGGGGGCCCUCAGUGUCCCCCCCGGGAGCCCCGAGGCCGCGCUGCAGCGGGGACCGGCCCGGGGUGAGUGCGGCACUGGGGGAACUGGGAGAGAACGGGGCGGGGAACUGGGGGUCUCUGGUGGCACUGGUGGCACUGGGGGCGGGGCCUGCGCUGACACCGCCGCCGCAGCCCCGGUGCCCGCCCCGCCCCCCCCGGCUCCGCCUGGACGUCGCCCCCUCCCCCGAGUUCGGGCCGGCACCGGGACCGAGAGCGGUGCCCGCGGGAGGACGCGUGUUCCUGCAGGUGUCGCUGUCCCGCGCCCCCCCAGGUCUCGGUUUCUCCCUCCGCCGCUGUUUCGUGUCCCCGCGCUCGUCCCCGGGCCCCCCCCGGGGUCCCCCCCCGGUGCCGCGGCCGCUCGUGGUGCUGCGGGGGGGCUGCGGCGCGGGGGGGGCGCGGCGGCGGCUCCGGGGCUCGUUCGUGCUCCCGGCGCGGUUCCCGGAGCCGCUGCAGUUCCUGCACUGCCGCCUGCGCCUCUGCCGCCGCCGCGGUGGCACCGGAGCACCGCCGGGGCUGCCCACGUGCCAGGCCGAGCCUUGUCCCCGCCGAGGGGGCGGAGCCUCCGGCUCAGGCCGCGGCCCCCGCUCCGGUCCCGGCCCCGGGCGUGCGCUGCGCACCGUGACCCGCCCGAUCGUGGUGACACUGGGGACACCCGCGACCCCCGCGCCCGGUGCCCCCCCGGGCCUCCCCCCGCUGCCGUUCCCGCCGCCCCCGCCCCUCCUGCGCCCCCCGCCCCCACCCCGGGAGCGGCCCCGGGCCCCCCCCGCGGGUGAGUGACAGGAAUGGGGGCGGCACCGGGACCCCGGGGACUGGGGAAUCGGGGGGGUCCCGGCGCUCUGAUUG